CUUGAUUUGACUUUCAUGCAGAGAGCAGAUCCCGGUGUGUGUCAGAGAUUCACGUUGUGGGCCUACCAGUGGAUGCAGACUAUGUUGUUUGCCAUUGAGGAGAUCAACCAAAACCCUGUCUUGCUUCCAAACCUCACUCUGGGCUACCUAGCUUUUGACUCCUGCCUGGCGGAGAGCACCACCGUCGGGGCGGCCCUGGCUAUGGUGACAGGGCAGGAGGCGGUGGUGGUGUCAGGGGGUGCCAGCUGCCGCGGCGGCCCCCAGGUGCCCGUCAUCAUUGGGGACGCCAGGUCCUCUGGCUCCAUCGCUGUCGCCCGUACUCUGGGCAUCUUUGACAUCCCCAUGGUCAGCUACUUUGCUUCCUGUGCGUGUCUGAGUGACAGGAGGAAGUACCCGUCCUUCUUCCGCACGGUUCCCAGCGAUGCCUUCCAGGCCAAGGAGCUGGCCAGGCUGCUGAGGCUGCUGGGCUGGUCCUGGAUCGGGGUGCUGUACGGGGAUGAUGACUACGGACGCUAUGGGGUGCAGCUGCUGCUGCAGGAACUGCAGGGCUCAGACGUCUGUGUGGCAUUCAGCCAGGUCAUCCCCAAAACCCACGACCCUAGGAGGAUCCGGCACAUCGUGGAGACCAUCCGGCUGUCCACGGCGAAGGUGGUGGUGUUGUUCGCCAUCGCUGAAGAUGCCUUGCCACUGCUGAAGGAGGUGGUGAGGCAGAACAUCAGCGACAGGCAGUGGAUCGGCUCCGAGGGCUGGGUGACCUCCCCGGGAGCCUCCUCCCCUGAGAACCUGCCAGCGCUGGUGGGGACGCUGGGAUUCGCCCUGCGCAAGGCCCACAUCCCCGGCCUGAGGGCCUUCCUCCUCCGCAUCAGGCCUAGCGGGUCUACGACUCACCCCAUAUUAAGAGAUUUCUGGGAGACGUUGUUUGAGUGCUCGCUGGAGGAGGGGACUGACCUCAGGCCUCGGUGCACGGGACUGGAGGAUAUCCAAGCGACGCCAAACGAUUACUCUGAUGUGACUCAGCUGGAUGUGAGCUACAACGUGUACAAGGCAGUGUACGCUGUGGCCCAUGCCAUUCAAGACAUGCUCGCUUGCCAACCGGGACAGGGGCCACUUGAAAAUGGAAGCUGCCCCAGCGUUGAUAAUGUUAUUCCUAAACAGCUGCUUCACUAUCUAGAGAGAGUGAAUUUCACAACACCUCUGGGUGAUGUUGUAAAUUUUGACGUGAACGGAGACCCCCCUGCCUCCUAUGACCUCAUCAACUGGCAGGUGAAUGACAGAGGCACUGCGGAGCUGGUGACGGUGGGCCAGUAUGACUCCAGCAACCCACCGGACCAGAGGCUGCAACUGGAUCUGGAUAAAGUGGUGUGGGGAGGAGGCUGGACUGACAAGGUCCCUGUGUCAGUGUGCAGCGCGCCUUGUGCCCCGGGCACUUGGAAAGCUCUGCAAAAGGGAAAACCUGUCUGUUGUUUUGACUGCAUAGCUUGCCCUGAUGGAGAAAUCAGCAAUAAAACAGGUGCGAUCGAAUGCACAAGAUGCCCAGAACAGUUCUGGUCCAACGACCGGAGGACACAGUGUAUCCUGAAGAAGGAAGAGUUCCUCUCCUUCUCCGAGCCCCUGGGCAUCAUCCUGACGGUGCUGUCCAUAUCAGGAGCCGUGCUCACCACCAUCGUCCUGCUCACCUUCAUCCUCCACAGGGACACCCCUCUGGUCCGUGCCAACAACUCGGAGCUGAGCUUCCUGCUGCUGCUCUCCCUCAUCCUCUGCUUCCUGUGCGCCAUGUGCUUCAUGGGUCGCCCUCUGGCCUGGUCCUGCAUGUUGAGACACACCCUGUUUGGCAUCAGCUUCGUGGUGUGCAUCUCCUGCAUCCUCAGCAAGACCGUGGUGGUGCUGGUGGCCUUCAGAGCCACGUUACCGGGCAGAAACAUCAUGCGUUAUUUCGGGCCCGUGCAGCAGAGGCUCGGUAUCUGCCUGUGCACCCUCGUCCAGGUGCUGGUGUGUAUACUAUGGCUCACCCUGGACCCUCCGCUGCCCUCCCAGAACUCGGCCACCGUCCGCAGCGCCACGGUGGUGCUGGAGUGUGCGGCCCGGUCGCUGGCCGGGUUCGCCGCCUUGCUGGGCUACAUCGGCCUUCUGGCGACCGUCUGCUUCCUGCUGGCCUUCUUUGCCAGGAGGCUCCCGGACAACUUCAACGAGGCCAAGUUCAUCACCUUCAGCAUGCUGAUCUUCUGUGCCGUGUGGAUCGCCUUCGUGCCGGCCUACGUCAGCUCGCCGGGGAAGUACACGGUAGCCGUGGAGAUCUUCGCCAUCCUGGCCUCCAGCUACGGACUGCUCUUGUGCAUCUUUGUGCCAAAAUGUUACGUCAUUCUGUUCCAGUCACAGAAAAACACCAAAAAGAACAUGAUGGGCAAUAAUAACAAAGGACAAUAAUAAUGACUUACAGCUGUGGCCUAAUGGUUUAGGAGGUCGACUUAGGUUCGGAGGGUUUCAGGUUCGAAUCCCACCCUUACCAGUCCACCCUACACCUCUACCCAUGACUGAGGUGCCCUUGAGCAAGGCACCUAACCCCACAUUGCUUCGUGAACUCUAACCAAUGUACCCUGUAGAUAAUUGUAAGUCGCCUUGGAUAAAAGCGUCAGCUUAGUGUAGUGUAAUGUAAUGUAAUAUUAUACCUGUAAUUUUGAGUCAGUUCAACACCUUGUAGGAGCAACACCUUGAGUGGAAAAUUCAACUUCUCAAGUGUUGAAUUAAUACAUUGAAAUGUAUUGUACAUAAUGC